UCGUAUUCGAAUAAACACAAAAAAUAAAAGUAGAAAAACUUUAAAUAAAGUUGCAUUUUUAGCGUGUAUAAAGCCAAAAGUUAUUUUUAAUUUAUAUUCUGACAAUCACAGUAUUUUAAUUCCUCGAAGAAUACACGUUUGAAAAUUCUGCCUUCGAACAGGUGUUGUUGAAUGAAUGUGUGUUACGGUUCCCAUCGUAAUUAUUUAUUUAUGGUGAAGUGAAUAAUAGAAAAGUGUAUCGAUCGAUUUUACUCGUGACCGAAGAAAGGCAAGUGCUGAGACGUUGGAAUAAAGGAGUUACGAGAGUUUUGUUUACUGGAGUUGUUAUGUUCGCUCACAAAAUGAUCGCCGGAGGGAGAUAGGAUAAUGAGUAUUUCAGAAUGUCAACCUCAGGAUUGAGAAUAAUAUACGUGAUGAAGAGUGAAGCGAGGUGAGAGUGAGCCCUGGCGAGCAUGCCUCACCAGUACGGCGCGGGUGCGGGCGGCAUCGGCGGCGGUCCACCCUCGCCACCCCCGCAGCAUGGCGCUUUGUACCCGCGCUACGCCGCCGCCGCGGGUCCCGGCGCCGGCGCCUACCGCCCGGAAGAGCGCAGACUCACGCGCGAAGCUAUGGAGCGAUACCUACGAGAUAGGUCCGACAUGGUCGUGGUCAUAUUGCAUGCUAAAGUCGCUCAAAAAUCUUACGGCAAUGAGAAGCGGUUCUUUUGUCCUCCGCCGUGUAUUUAUUUAUUUGGCGACGGUUGGAGACUCAGGAGGGAAAGAAUGUUGAGGGAGGGAGAAACGGAGCAAGCCUCACAGCUUUGUGCAUUUAUAGGUAUUGGUAAUUCAGAUCAGGAUAUGCAACAGUUGGACCUAAACAACGGUAAGCAGUAUUGUGCAGCCAAAACUUUGUACAUAUCUGAUUCUGACAAACGAAAGCAUUUUAUGCUGUCAGUCAAAAUGUUUUAUGGAAACGGCCAUGAUAUAGGCAUAUUCAAUAGCAAAAGAAUAAAAGUAAUCUCUAAACCUUCUAAAAAGAAGCAGUCAUUGAAAAAUGCUGACUUAUGUAUUGCUAGUGGAACAAAGGUAGCCUUGUUCAACAGGCUAAGGUCUCAAACAGUUUCAACGAGGUACCUUCACGUUGAAAAUGGAAAUUUUCAUGCGUCUUCAACACAGUGGGGUGCUUUUACUAUACAUCUUUUGGAUGACAAUGAGAGUGAAUCAGAGGAAUUUGCAGUGAGAGAUGGAUAUGUCCACUAUGGAUCAACAGUGAAAUUGGUGUGCUCUGUCACUGGGAUGGCUCUUCCCCGGUUAAUAAUAAGAAAGGUGGAUAAGCAAAUGGCGCUUUUAGAAGCAGACGAUCCAGUUUCUCAGCUACAUAAAUGUGCAUUUUACAUGAAGGACACAGAGAGGAUGUACCUCUGUCUGUCUCAGGAGAGGAUUAUCCAGUUUCAAGCUACGCCUUGUCCAAAAGAGCCAAAUAAAGAGAUGAUCAAUGAUGGAGCCUGUUGGACGAUCAUUUCCACCGACAAAGCUGAAUACCAAUUUUAUGAAGGAAUGGGGCCUGUGAGAUCGCCGGUAACUCCCGUGCCCCUGGUCCACUCGCUGAACCUGAACGGGGGCGGCGACGUGGCGAUGCUGGAGCUGGCGGGGGACAACUUCACGCCGUCGCUGCAGGUGUGGUUCGGCGACGUGGAGGCGGAGACCAUGUACCGGUGCGCCGAGUCCAUGCUGUGCGUCGUCCCCGACAUCUCUCAGUUCCGCGGACAGUGGCUGUGGGUGCGACAGCCCACUCAGGUGCCCGUAUCGUUGGUACGGAACGACGGGAUCAUAUACGCGACGGGCCUCACGUUCACGUACACGCCAGAGCCGGGGCCGAGGCCGCUGUGCCCGCCCGUGGACGACGUGAUGAGGCCGGAGCAGACGGCCUGGCACCACGACGCCCAUCGCCUGCCGGACAACACCCUGCAAUAGCCCAUGGACUGCAGGCUCGACGACGGCCUGCAGAGAUUGUGUUAGUGUGUGCGAAUCCAAAGAUAAACACGAGUUUAUUGGUAAGUGACUAAUGUAGUUUGGAUAGUGCCUAAACGUCUUACAUGUUCCUUGCUGCCUCUGGAAGAUACAGACAGAACAGAAGUCAGACAAAAUUGUGUCGGUCAUCCGUUUGCAUUGUUAUACAAACCCAAACAGUCUACAUUUCUACAAAACGUGAUACUUUUCGUGCACACUCAGGCUUCAUCGCAAAGGAGACAUUAUUAUGCGUGCUCUAGAGUAUCGGAAGAUUACCUAUUAUAUUAUGGUCGCCGAGUACAUUUCUGUCGAGUACAUAACUAGAAGCCGCAUGAUCGACGACAUGCUCGUAUGAACUGUUAUCUCCUACUAUUUUUAUAAAUUGUGGUUUUGAGUUAUCAACCGUAAACCGCAAUUAAUCAACCAACCAAAUGUUAUCUUCACAGUCACACGUUCUAAAAUGGUCGAAGAGGAAAUGAAAAUAUUUUGCAUCGCUUGAGUUAUAUAGUAUGGAUUGAGAACAUUAAAUAGUAAAAAUUGGAACAGAAAAAUUGUCUAGCUCUAUACUUUGUAAGAGUUAUAAAAUAUGCAACAGUUUCAUUUUAUGUCAGAUACGAAAAUUAAUUACGAACACGGCAGCGGCGAUGUGGGAAAAUGUCGCAAUAUUUGGCUUUUUAAAGUCGAUAAAAUACAAAUUUAUGCAACAAAUAGAUCAGAAACUCGUUUAGAUCAUCACAGGACGCGACGACUUCCUCGCGAUGUUCAAUCCGUUCACAAAGGUCGAAAACGGGGACCCGCGCCUUCCGUGUCAAAACGGAAGACAACAAAUUAUUCGUAUUCACAAUGAUCUACUUUUUUAACCUAUGUUCAGAAGUGGAUGUUCGAUGUUUGAAUAUACCUAUUAUAAUUUUAUUAAUACAUCUAUUACGUCUGCGACAUAGUUAAAUUGAGUGAACUUCAAAAAAAUUGUGUUUUGUGAAAUGACGACGUUGGUUUAAUAACAAAAUACUGAAGCUAGGUAUUAAAUAAAAAACUUUCUGUGUAUUUGCCUGGGUAUGCGAGAAAGGAACAUGGAACGACAAAAAAUAGAAGUGGCACAUGCAUUUGAAUCAAUUCGCCGAACAAAAUAUGUGUAAAUACUUAAGACAGUGUGCCUAAAUAUCUGUAGAAGUAAACUAUUUUAAAUAUCGAGAUUACAACACCAAAAUUUUAAUUUAUUAAGGUUACGGUAGCACUCGUUCUUUAUCGACUUUCGAGUUGGGAUUAUAAAUCUGACUACAAUAUUCUGUUGGAAACGUUUCGUUUCGAUAAUCAAAUUUUGUGGCUUCGCUCUAAAUAUUUUAUUUAGGAUAAUUUUAGUUUACUGUAAAUGUAUAAGAAUGCGAAUUAUUAUUAAAAUUAGGUUUAUAUCGGCGAUAUUUCACUGCUUCGCUUUAAAUUAGCAGGUGAAAAGAUCUCUCUGUAGAGUCCGCCCACUGACGAGCUGUACCUAAUUGUGGGCUGUAAUUUCUAUUCUUCUACUUUAAUAGUUUCAUGAAAGUAGACGAAGUAACAGCUAGAUAAGCCAUUAAUAUUUACGUCUUCAAAAAAUCAGCUACAUUGUUUAUUUGUGGGUUAAAUAUAUCGUUGCUCUUUUUAUUCAUGGUAGACGUAUCAAGAUUUUUAACCCAGGGUUAAAUUCGAUCUGCGCGCGGGGGAAGAGAGUGGAAUAAUUUGUCAUUAAACAUAACCAAAUGGACUUACGCCAAAUUAUUUUAGCUGCGUGCUAGCUGGAGCCGAAACCGAACUAAUACAAUUUUGAAAAGUAAACAAGGUACAGCUCGAUCGUGCGAAGGCGGGUGUCGUUUCCUCGGGGCCAAAUAGCUAUAAAUCCAUGACGAGUGUUUCUAUGUAAUUUAGUUGCGUGUGAAUGCGCCCUCACUUGAGAUUACAAUGUUUAUAUUAAAUACGGUUUAUCGUGAACCGAUAGGUACGUAAGUCAUCGAUGAAAGGAUUUCCGUCUAGUUCCACGAAUAAGGUCAUUAUUGCGCUUUGCAAUUUGUAGGCUUUCUUUACAAUAUACCUACCCAAUUUUUCUACAUCGAAGCUUAGCUACUUACAAAAUGUUUUUGUUAAGUAGGAACUAUUAUAUUAUUAUUUUACAAAAACAUAAACACUGCAUGCUUAUAACGGCACGGUUAAAAUAUUAAAAUUCCAAGGUGAUCAGCAAAACAUAAAAUGUAAAAUCUGAGCUUGGUAUUGACGCAGCCGACCUAUUAUGGCUGUCCAAUCGAUCAGGGUCUCAAACGCAACGUCCUGUCGGUCUUGUGAAUGUAAUAUACCUACGAAUUAACUAGCUGUGCCCCAACAUUAAGGAGUGCUCCUCUUUAAGCUUGUAUCGAAAAUUGAUUCAAAAGUACAAUCUGUACGAGUUAGUAAAUUUUUUCAAUUUAGAAAAACAAUUCUUUAAUUAUAAUUAAAAUUACCAAAUCCUUGCAGAUUUGAUCAGUAAUUUUUGUAACUACUUGUACGUAUGUAAAGUAACAGAGACUAUAAGUAAACGAAGUAGAAUUAGAAAUUAAGUGAAAUUUCGGAGAGAUAAGUAUCAUUUUGUAUUUAUUGCCUACAUAAGGAGAAUCGGUUUUAUAGUGUGUGAUUUCGAACAUUCCACGCCGGGUGUAAUGAGAAGUACAAAAAAUUAUAAAUAUUUUUGUAAGAGAAAUUGUAAAGUAUUUGGUAACUUUGAAAAUUGAAUUGACGACCUUUUUUUUAAAUGGAAUUUAUAAAGCGCACCGCACUCAUGUCGUUAUAUUUAAUUUUCAGAGAACUAUGAUGUAUCUUUCUAUAUGAUUGUCAAAUGAGCCAAGUUGAAAGUUUUUUUUUAUAUCAAAAUUACUUUUUAUAGUAGCAUUUUUAUAUUUUACGUUGUCCUGUCUACAGCUCUACAUGCUAAUGUAAUAUGUUCAGAAUAAAUAGUUCAUUGUAGACGCAACAGAAUUGUGAAUCGAUAACAUGUGAUAUUAUAAAGCAGUCAUUCUAAACAUUGAUAUUUUAAUAAAUACAUUUAAACAAA